GAGCGAUAGAUGUUUACUGAAUUAAACGUAAAAGAUGGAGCCAACGUUCAGUCCGCCGCUUCACAUGCAGAGGCAUCAAUUUGUCAUCGAUUUUGUCAAGAGGAACAAAACACAAAAGGUGGUGGACUUGGGGUGCAGUGAGUGCAGCCUGCUCAAAAAACUGAAGUUUCACCGUGAAAUUGAACUGCUGGUUGGAGUGGACAUCAACGGUGCCAAAGUAAAAAGAAAGAUGCAUGGAUUAGCUCCUAUAUCAAGUUACUAUCUGCAGCCAACAUAUGAUCAGCUGCGCAUUGAGCUGUACCAGGGCUCAGUCACACAGAAAGAUGUCCGCCUCAGAGGAUUUGAUCUGGCGACCUGUAUAGAGCUCAUAGAGCACCUCACACUUGCUGAUGUGGAGCGCUUCUCUGAGGUGGUAUUUGGUUACAUGACCCCAGUGGCGGUUAUCGUCAGCACCCCUAACUCUGAGUUCAACCCCCUUUUCCCUGGUCUGACAGGUUUCAGGCACAGUGACCACAAGUUUGAGUGGACCAGAGCAGAGUUCAAGUCCUGGGCUCUUAAGGUGUGUUUGGAGUACGGUUAUGAGGUGGACUUUACUGGUGUUGGACAGGCACCACCAGGCCAGCAGGAGAGAGUCGGCUUCUGCUCCCAGAUUGGUGUGUUUCACCGGCUUGGAGGGAGAGAUUCCUGCGACAUGUUGUAUGGUGACGAUGCUGAGGAUAUGUUUUCAUACACACUGCUGUAUAGUAUAAACUACCCCAGCCUGCGUGACCAAAACAUCUUGCGUAGGGUGCUGGUGAGUGAAGUGUUGUACUGGGCAGAAAAGCUGAAGGGAAGAUGGCUCGAGCAGAAGAGGGAUUACAGUUUUACACUGUGCCAGACUGAGAGAAGAGGGGAGGAAUGUCUCGGAGUGUCAGAGCGACGCAUGGAGAUGGAAAACAAACAGACAGCAUAUGCAACAGCAGCAUGUGGAGCAGAGAUGUGUGGCAGAGGUGUGGCAGAAGAUACGGAAAGAAAGGAUGAAGAGUUGUCUUGGACAAAUGUUCAAGGUCAACAUGAGUUGCACAGGUUUGUGUCUGUACCUCUGGCUGUGCUGUGGUACCGCUGCCCCAAAGUCAGCGCCCUAAGUGGGAAUCUCACUAAUCUCAAACACAUCCUGAUGGAGGCCCCUGAAGUAAAAUUGAGCCAGGACGGUUCUGCUGUGCUUGUACAGGACCAAGGCUUUGAAGAAAAAGGGGAUUGUAAUGAUUUGGAGGACAGUGGGUAUGCAGAGGCCAGCCAGUACUCCCACAGUGAUGAGCAAGAGGAAGCCUGGGACACAAAUGUUUGAUCUGCAAGAUACAGCUUUGUUUUCGGGACUAGUAGGUGACUGGUUUAAUUUUACCAAAGAAAAUCAUGAGUAGACAAAUGGUUUCUCUUGGUCACUACUGGACAGUGCGAGUUGCACUGACAAAUCCCAUGCUGCACUGUGGAAACUUUGGUUUGAUUUGUUAGAUGGCUAGUUUGGGCUGCUAACUUUAGUUUAUAGUAUUUCUUAAGGUAGGUCAAUGGAAAAAAUUGGCCAUUGGCCUCUAAAAUAUGAAUUUACUGAUGGAAGAUGACUCAGACAAAUCCACUGUAAAUUGUUCAGUAAAACUCUAAAUGUGAGAAAAUGUU